UUAAAAGCAGUGAGGUGAUUCGGUUUUACUACAGAAAGUUGAGCGCGAGAGACAGGGCAGACGGGAGGAGGGAGGCGAGCACCGGGAACCGAAGCUGAAGGUGAAGCUGUAGCUGUAGCUGUGAGUAGUUCCUCUCGGAGCAUCAGCAGCGUAACUCCGCGCGAAUGACUCUGCCGGGACUUCAUUUCCAGUGACGCGCGGCCGUAGGUAGAAGCUUGCUGCUGGAAGAAGACGCUUAACUUUGCUGAAAAGAGGAGCACAGUGACAGGUACCAGGACAAUGAGCGCAUGCCCCCUGCUGCUCUUGUUGCUACAGCUGCUCUGUUUCUGCCAGACUGCUCCAGGCUACUCCAACGGCUUCUUCUAUCACGAUGUCCUGAACGGCAAUGGCAAUGGAGAGAUUUAUUUCAAUGGAGUGCGACUUUACGUGGAUACGACAGAGGCACCCAUCUUCGCUGUGCGUGGGAGCAACGUCACGCUCCCCUGCCGCUACCGCUAUGAGCCCGAGCUGACCUCCCCCCGCCGGACCCGGGUGAAGUGGUCCUGGUUGCCUGCCGGUGGCAGCCACGAGACUGACGUGUUGGCGGCCAUUGGCCGCCGUCACCGCAGCUUUGCCGGCUUCAAGGGGCGGGUGCAGCUGCGACAGGACUCCCCCGGGGAGGUGUCCCUGUUGCUCACUGAGCUGCAUCUCAAUGACACCGGGCGCUACCGCUGUGAGGUAAUCGACGGGCUGGAGGACGAGAGCGCCACCGUGGACCUGGAACUGCGAGGGGUGGUGUUUCCCUACCAGCCUCCCCAGGGGCGCUACUGCCUCAACUUCCUGGCAGCACAGAGGGCUUGUGAGGAGCAGGACUCGGCGCUGGCUACCUUCGAGCAGCUCUUCGCUGCCUGGGAGGAGGGACUCGACUGGUGUAACGCAGGGUGGCUGGCUGACGGAACGGUGCAGUAUCCCAUCACCAUACCCCGAGAGGCCUGUGGGGGCCAGGGCAUGGCACCAGGCGUCCGCAACUACGGCACUCGUCACCGACGCCUGCACCUCUAUGACGCCUUCUGUUUCUCCUCCUCUCUCAGAGGGAAUGUGUACUUCCUACAGCACCCCCAGAAACUGAAUUUUUCGGAGGCCGCUCAGGCAUGUGAGGAGGACGGUUCGCAGAUCGCCAGGGUGGGCCAGCUCUAUGCCGCCUGGAAGUUCACGGGCUUGGAGCAUUGUGAAGCGGGCUGGCUGGCUGACGGGAGUGUGCGCUACCCCAUCAUCACUCCACGGCCCAACUGUGGCUCCCAGGAGCCCGGAGUGCGUAGCUUUGGCUUCCCCGCCCAACAUAACGAACAUGGCGUGUACUGCUUCAGAACCUCAUAAGUCUUACCCGCAAACCCCGUUUAUCAAACCCACACCACCAGAGAACCUGUCUGUGCACAUACUGUGACCCUUAACUCUGCUUCAUUUUUGUAAUUGUUGAAGCUGCAAAGAACUGUGUAACUGUACUGAGCAUCUUAUUAACCUGCUAUCAUUUUUAUUGUACUGAGACAUAAGGAAAACAAACUUAUUCAUACCAGAAAGGACCAUCAGUAAAAGGACCACUUUAAUUUUUAUUAUUGGUAAAAUAGGUGUAUUUUCUGUAUGAAACAUAUCCUGUGACAUUUCUGUUUUGUGUGAUAAAAUGUAAACUCCUCUUUUCCUGACUGACACGAAAGGACCACUGGAUAUAUGACCCACAGUUGUCGGGUUCACAAAAAGCAUUCAGCUGCUACUAUGGCAUUCGAGUGUUACUGUUAAAGGAGAUGUACUGCACCUUCGGUUCCUCACUGGACCUCAGUCUGUCCGGGAACGCAGGUGGUCAGUUUCGCAGUUGUAUGGAAAUGGGUGUAAAGUAAAGCCUGAUUUCUUUUUUUUUUUUGUAAGAUAAAUAAAGCCUUUCUGA